AUUGGAGUCGUAAAUGGCAGUGAGGAAUACAAGCUGGGAGUUUUGAUGAAUGCAGAAAUGAAGAUCUUUCCCACAAUAUACGGUGUAACGCACGCUUUACUCGAAUCGAAAAUUGACGGAGCAUUCGUGGACAGCUUCACGAUAACUGCGCACUUGGACACUAUUAAAAGCCAUCCAAUCAGGACUGAGCGAACGAUUGAACAUCCGGUGACGUAUGGUAUGGUUUUGGCAGGAAAUUCAACGCGCAUGGCAGAUUGCGCCAGGCGUUAUCUUGAAAACUACCCGAGGAAAGUUUUUCAGAGAAUCGCUGAUCACCUCAAGCCCUUGAAAAAUCCAUCAGACUCGAUCAGCGAAGAGGUGAUGGCAGCUGAGAAGUUAUUUUACGAAGAAGGUGCUUUCAAGCUGAUUGUGUACUGCGGUGUCGCCAUUCUGGGAUUACUCUUUAUCGCUGGGCUGCUGUACGAGGUUCUUGCUAAGAAAUAUCUGCAGCCGAAACGACUGAGAGAGGAGAACAACUACCAGAACGUUGAGUUGGUCAAGCAAACAAACCCGGCUGAUGACCAGGCCUCCAACCCAACUGAGGGCGAUCUGGAAGAACUUCUACAAGAUUAUAAGGCUUUCCACGACUCUUGGGUUGCAAAGUGUAAAAGGCUUCAUGGGAAACCAUACGGCUGUUAAAUCCAGCAGAUUGUCCCGUUUAAACACAGGACAAUUAUUGUCUUAAGAACAUUCUUUGUUUUAUAGUUUAUUAAGGUGUAAUUAUUACUAAGGUGUAUCACUGAAAUUGAGUCGGUGUUUUAUUGACUUAGCCCCCUCAGUAGUUUCAGUAGUUUCAGUCAAAAGUCACAUGGUAGUGCAAAGCAAAUCAGACUCCUCACGGUCAGUUACAUGGAGUAAGAUUCGGGUACGAGAUCAGCACGUCAUCUGAAGACCAUAACUUGGGAUGCAAGGGGAAAACAUGGUAACUCUUUUUCAAGUGCAGUUUGCUCUGGAAUAUCUUAGAAAAUCGCACUAUUCUCACAGACAGGAAAAUGUGCCGGAUAAUCAUCUUUUUAGAACCACUAAAACAACAAAUUAAGGUUUAAUAGUUAACAGAAGCUGUGUCACAAGGACGGGAAUAAGGGUAGCGUGUUUACAUCCGUGUUACCACCAAAUUCAGACCAUUAUUAAGAUCAUUCGUUUGGAAGGUUUGCAAAUGUACAGUUUUUUACACUCAGUUGAGUGCACGGGGCAAUGAAUAAACAAGAUAUUUUUUGCCUUCCAAAUAAGUCAUCACAUGAUUCAGAUUGAGUGGCAACAAGGUUGUAAGCAGGUCACCCAAAUCCGUCUGUUUCCUUUUAACACUACAGUAACGGCUUUGUGUUAUUUCGGCUUCUCGUUGGAGUAGAGCCAGGCUCAGAAAAAUUUUACAUCUUUUUCCGGUUUUUAUGAGCUAGCCCAGUGGCACCCAGCUAACAUAGUGUAUGUCCAAAGAUGCGAAAGUUCUUUUGAUAUGAUGAGGAAAAAAUUUACCUUCUACCCACGACAUACUAUCAUAUUGAAAUAAGACCUGAAAUCCAAAGCAAGAGUAACUGGAAUCAAGUCGCUAAGCCACUGAGUUAAAACGGCUAAUAUCGGAAUGGACAAAAGAGCUUAGACUUCACCUCAUUCGAUAAGUUACACAAAAUACUACACUUUUUAUCGUUAUACCGCUAUGAUAAUCCGCAAGCUGAAGGCAUAUAGUUUCAAGCCUUUUCAAACUAAGCUAUCGUAUCAUUAUACUUUUAGAAAUUAAGCAAGAUCUCUUAUACUGAUUUAACUCAAAAUGUUUCUUUUUUUCCAAGGAUUUACUGCGAUAGGGAACGACCGGUUUUUCAUCGAUCAUAGUAAAUUAGUUAUCCUCUUUAUGUUGUAAGGAGAUAAGGACGUGUUGGUCAUUCAUGGUUUUCUGUGAGAAAGCUCCACCUUUUACCCCUACCCUGUUAACAUCCGGGAAGUGUUGCUGUAUCCUUGGGGUAAACUUGCUUUUUUGUGGCCUCAAAAUGCAUCAAAGAUACACCUUGUGUCUCGGGUGUGGGGUCUUGGUUGGGUUGCCGUGGGUUGCACCACUUGGAGCGAUACUAACCAAAUAUCAUGGAAAACUAUAACUUAAGAUAAAAGAUUUGAAAAAAUAA